AUGGAACUCAGGCAGUGGCGCGCCAUUCCUAUCGCCGUCGUCACACCGCUGACCCCGUCACCGCCAGCAACAGCAGAAGGGGCCGUGUGUACACCGCAUGCCACGUCGUUUCCAACGUGGCGGAGCACAGCCACACGGCCGGGGCGCUCGGACUCCGCCCGCUCUUCGGCGUACCCGCCGGCUCAACCUGCGCGGUCGGCGGCUCCGGCACGACGGAACCCCCGCGGAGUCGUCAUCCGUGCGCUCGACCACGCAAGAGGGCUUCAGCCAUGUGGACCACGCGGGAGCAGGAUCCGCGCUCGGACCCGUCCUCUCCGGGCUCCCGUUCGUGGAGCGCGCCGACGUAGCGGCCAGCCACAGCGGACACCCUCGUUUCUCCCAGGAGUGCCACAACGUCGCCGACGUGGCAGGGCACGACCUGGACGCUCGGGUUCGGGCUAUCCCCGCUCCUCGGUGGCUCCACCUCCGUCGCCACGGGAGUGCGACUCGACCUGGGUGAUGAAGGUGGCGAGGGCCACGGCGAGGAGGACGUCAAUGCCGUGGGCCUCGCGGGAGCAAGAUCCGCGCUCGGCCCUGUCCCCGUCGAGUUCCCGUCGUCCGUGGCACACACAAGCUCUACUCGCGGCCAACCAUAACGGACGCCGCUGUCUCUCCACGGAGUGCCAUGCCGUUGCCGACACGGUGGGGCACGGCUGCAGGGCCGGGGCGCUCGGGCUCCGCCCCCUCCUCGGCACACCCGCCCGCUUCCUCGUGGGCUCCAUCUCGGGCGCGACUGGUCUCCAAGGCAGAGUCGUGGUCGGCGCGCUCGACAUGUGGAGAUGGCGAGGGCAAGGAGGACGUCACGGACGAGCUCAGGUUUCAGGAUGCUCAUCGCCAUAUACAGGCCGUUCUCCACUUGAUUUAUGCCAGGAGUCGAAUCAAAACUGCGGUUCACUGUUCACAUUGGGUCUUCUAUCUGCUGGUAAAAGAACUCAAAGCAUGCUCGACGCAAUCAGACACAUCGAUCCGACGGCGCCGGUGUACCAUUGGAAAAUCAAUAGGUGUGAUGCUGUCUUGCGGGAAGUCAUGGGAGAAAAUCUUCACAAGGAAGUGAUCGUCGCGUCGCCAAAGGAGGACGAAGGCGAUUUUGGCUGCAUCGUCAUCUGUGGGAAUGAAGUUCUUCACGGAGUUGCCAACUUCAUGGUAGCCAACCAACCUUCUCUCACUUCUCUUUGUUAG